AGACGGAAGAGCCAGCCAGUGAGACACUUCUCAUGCUUGAGAGACUGACUGAUAAUAAUUCCUCCUCUCGAGCUCAAACUCAAAGCUUCAAAAUCAACGAUAAAUAAAAGUGAAUCUCAUGUAAAUUAAAUUAAAGUUACCAGAUCCGAUCUGUGUUGUUGUUCUUCUUUUGCUCGCGACGUAAAAUGAAUAUCAAAGAAGUAUUGAUAUUGUCCUUGAUCGUAAUCUCUUCGAUUUCUGCUACUUAUGCCGAUUCCUUCCAUGGCUGCGGUGGCUUUGUCGAGGCGAGUUCGUCUUUGGUGAAAACGAGGAAACCGGUGGAUGUGAAAUUGGAUUAUUCUCACAUCACGGUGGAGCUUCGCACACUGGAUGGAUUGGUGAAGGAUAGUACUCAAUGUGCUCCUACCGGUUACUACUUUAUUCCGGUAUAUGAUAAGGGUUCCUUUGUUAUUCAAAUCAAUGGACCAGAAGGAUGGUCGUGGAACCCGGAUAAGGUUCGUGUUGUUGUUGAUGAUACUGGCUGCAAUGGCAAUGAAGAUAUAAACUUUCAGUUUACAGGGUUCACAAUAUCUGGUAAAGUCGUGGGAGCUAUUGGUGGAAAGAGUUGUUCACUUAAAAAUGGAGGGCCUUCCAAUGUGAAAGUUGACCUUUUGUCUACAAGCAGUGAUCUUGUUUCAUCUGUUUUGACAUCAUCAUCAGGAAGUUAUUUGUUCACAAAUAUAAUUCCAGGAAAAUAUGAACUACGUGCUUCACAUCCUGACUUGAAAGUUGAAACCAAAGGUCCAACAGAGGUGGACUUGGGAUUUGGAAACACCAUAGUUGAUGACAUUUUCUUUGUCCCUGGGUAUGACUUACGUGGAUUUGUUGUUUCUCAGGGAAAUCCAAUAUUGGGAGUUCAUAUUUAUUUAAGUUCAGAUGACGUGUUAGAGGUCGAUUGUCCCCAAGGUUCCGGUAGUGCCCCUGGAAUGGAAAAGGCUCUAUGUCAUGCUGUAUCUGAUGCUCAAGGGAUGUUCAUGUUUAAAUCCGUACCUUGUGGAAGUUACAGGCUAGUACCUUACUACAAGGGCGAAAACACAGUAUUUGAUGUUUCACCUCCAGUCAUGUCAGUGACUGUUAAACAUCGGCAUGUGACUGUUCCUCAAAAAUUUCAGGUAACUGGAUUUUCUGUUGGGGGACGUGUUGUUGAUGGAAAUGAUGUGGGAGUGGAGGGUGUUAAAAUUAUAGUUGAUGGUCAUGAGAGGUCUAUCACUGACAGAGAAGGAUAUUACAAACUUGAUCAGGUUACAUCGAAUCGUUAUACAAUAGAGGCCGUGAAGGAGCAUUACAAGUUUAACAACUUGAGGGAGUAUUUGGUUUUGCCAAACAUGGCUUCAUUGACGGAUAUUAAAGCUGUUUCUUAUGAUGUCUGUGGUGUGGUGAGGAUGGUUGGCUCUGGUUUAAAGGCAAAGGUAGCUUUGACUCAUGGACCAGAGAAUGUCAAACCUCAAAUGAAACAGACAGAUGCAAGUGGAAAGUUCUGCUUUGAGGUUCCAACAGGUGAAUAUCGUUUAUCUGCUUUGCCAGCUAAAGCGGAGAUUGCUUCUGGACUAAUGUUUUUGCCAUCUUAUAUUGAUGUUGUGGUUAGAAGUCCACUGUUGAAUGUUGAAUUUUCUCAGGCAUUAGUCAAUGUACAUGGUACUGUCGUCUGCAAAGACAAAUGUGGCCCAUCUGUUUCAGUUACCCUUAUGCGAUUGGCUGAUAAGCACAACAAAGAGAGACAGACAGUUAGUUUGACUGAUGGGAGUAGUGAAUUCCUAUUUUCAGAUAUUAUCCCUGGAAAGUACAUACUUGAGGUCAAGCACAAUUCCCCAGAAUCCAUUACUGGAGGAGAUAAUUGGUGCUGGGAGCAGAGCUUUAUUGACGUGGAUGUUGGUGUUGAGGAUGUACAAGGAAUUGAAUUUCUUCAAAAGGGUUACAUAGUCAAUAUUGUUUCGUCCCAUGAUGUAGAUGCUUUUAUUACUCAACCAGAUGGAUCACCUAUGAAAUUGAAAAUUAAGAAAGGCUCACAGCAUGUCUGUGUAGAAUAUCCUGGAGUGCAUGAACUUCAUUUUGUUAAUUCAUGCAUCUCCUUUGGAAGCUCAUCCAUCAAGAUUGAUACUUUAAACCCAUCGCCUAUUUAUUUGAAAGGAGAGAAGUAUCUCCUUAAAGGACAAAUCAAUGUUGAGUCAAGAUCAUUUGAUGAUGGUGUAUCUGGGUUGCCUGAGAAUUUUAUUGUUGACAUUUUGGAUAAUGGGGGUAAUUUUCUAGAUAGUGCCACAUCGACACUUAUUUCCAGUGGAAAUGAUCAAUCAAGUGCUGUUUUAUAUGAAUAUUCCUUAUGGGCUAAUCUUGGAGAAGAGCUUGUAUUUGUUCCUUGGGAUCCAAGGAACAAUGAGGAGGGGAAGAUCUUGUUUUAUCCAAGACAACAUAAUGUUUUGGUUAAAAAUGAUGGUUGUCAAGCUUCAAUCCCUUCAUUUUCGGGUCAGUUGGGUUUCUAUAUUAAAGGAUCGGUUUCUCCCCCACUUUCUGGUGUCCAUGUUAGGAUUCUCGCCUCUGGAGAUAGCCAAAUUGCUCAACUUAAGAAUGGUGAAUUAGUACUUGAAACUACAACAGUAAUGGACGGUUCGUUUGUUGGAGGGCCUCUAUACAAUGAUAUAAGUUACAAUGUUGAGGCUUCAAAGCCUGGCUAUCACUUAAAACAAGUUGGUCCUUAUUCCUUUUCUUGUCAGAAGCUUAGUCAAAUUUCUGUGAACAUAUAUGUUAAAGACGAGGCUGAAGAACCUAUUCCUGCUGUGCUAUUAUCUUUGAGUGGCAAUGAUGGCUAUAGGAACAACUCAGUAUCGGGAGCUGGUGGAAUGUUUGUCUUCAGUAACUUAUUUCCUGGGACUUUCUAUCUGCGUCCUCUGCUAAAGGAGUACGCUUUCUCUCCUCCUGCACAGGCUAUAGAACUUGGUUCUGGGGAGUCUAAAGAAGUUGUUUUCCAGGCCAGCCGUGUGGCUUACAGUGCCAUGGGUGUGGUCACUAUGUUGUCUGGCCAACCAAAAGAAGGUGUAUCAGUUGAAGCCAGAUCAGUGUCGAAAGGAUACUACGAGGAAACAGUGACUGAUUCAUCUGGAAGUUAUCGUCUGAGAGGACUCCUUCCUGACACAAACUAUGUAAUCAAAGUAGUGAAAAGGGAUGGUUUGGGUAUUAAUAAAUUUGAGCGUGCAUCUCCUGAAUCUAUAAAUGUCAAGGUUGGAUCUGAGGAUAUCAGGGGAUUGGAUUUUCUAGUCUUUGAACAGCCUGACACAACUAUUUUAAGUUGCCAUGUGGAAGGAAAGAGAAUAGAGGAACUACAUUCACAUCUUACUGUGGAAAUCAAGUCGAGUGACAUGUCUAAGAUUGAGUCUGUCUUCCCGCUUCCACUUUCCAAUUUUUUCCAAGUGAAGGACUUACCUAGAGGCAAACACAUUCUGCAGCUCCAGUCUAAUCUUCCACCAAGCACCCACAAAUUUAGAUCUGAGAUUAUAGAGGUUGAUUUAGAGAAGAAUUCCCAAAUUCAUGUCGGCCCACUAAAAUACUUCCUUGAAGAGGAUCACCUAAAACAGGAAUUAACUCCGGCACCGGUAUUUCCACUUAUUGUUGGAGUUUCAGUGAUUAUACUUUUUGUCAGUAUGCCAAGGUUGAAGGAUUUAUACCAGGCCACUGUAGGAACUCAAACAGCAGGAUUCACUGCAACAGCCAGAAAAGAAGCACGCAAGCCAAUUUUGAGAAAAAAGACUUACUGAACACUCUUUUUGUGUGGUGUAAAAAGCCAGUGUGAUAAUAUUGAGGACCAAAUCCCCUUUUUGUAGGCGAGCUAACCUUACAUGGAUAAUAUUGGUAGCAAUUAGGAUACCAUUUUUCUUUACCGGAUGUAGACAUAUACGAUAUUGUACUUUCUGUGACUUAAAUCUGUUGAAGCAAAUGCGGAUUACUCAAUGAUUACAAUUGUUCAUUA